AUGGAUCUUAACAUCCGCAGAGACAUGCACAAAGAGCACGAGAGACAUUCAGUCGGGCUGGAGAGCGGCAAGACGAACUUCUCCGUCGAACUCAAUUCGGUCGUUCAGAAGAUCGAGCAGCAAUUCAGCGAGAGCCACAAUGAUCAACCGUACGACGCGGUCGAUGGAAGAUAUCCAGGGGAGAGAGGGUUCGAGACGAACGAAACUAUCGGAUCUGACUGCUCGAACCGAACGAGCAGCGUCGAGAGCUGGGCCGACCAGGCAGACCAUCACUUGCAAGACGCGAAGCAGGGAGAUGAAGAGGAUGAAGACGGACCGCCGAGCAAGAAGAAGAAGCGCCGAAUUCUCUUUACAAAGGCACAAACGUACGAGCUCGAGCGCAGAUUCCGACAACAACGAUAUCUCAGCGCACCCGAACGCGAACAACUUGCCCAUUCUAUCAGCCUAACUCCUACCCAGGUGAAGAUUUGGUUUCAAAACCACCGCUACAAGCUCAAAAAAUCGCGAACCAAUGACGACCAGUUCUCCGUCAACACAGCUUUGCCGAACUUCUUACCCAACAUUCCCCUGCGAAGCAACUUCAUCCCUCCAGAUGUCUCGCAGGCAGGACUAGGACAAGCGGGCUUCCCUGUCUACCAGCCCUCUUCGUACACUUCCUCAAACGAAUCCUCUUAUUCCGCGAGCAACUACGGCGUCCACAACUACUUCCCUCCAAACUACUACACACACAAUCAAUCAGGGCAGUAUCCAAGUUCAACGUCGUCGCAGCAGCCCCUCCCAGCCGCCGUCCCUUCUAGUUUUCCUUGGGGAUACUAA